AUGGCUGAAAAGGACAUCACCUGCAUCGUAGCUUCGGGUGAUAGAGCAGUAUUCAUGAAGAUUAACACUUCAACCACCAUUCUUGAUCUAAAAUUUGAUGUGUCAGAUAGGUUAGAUCUUCCAUAUGAAUCAUUAAGUUUGUCAUUCAAAGAUGAAACGAAUGGAAGCUUCAAAUUUCCUAUUGAGAACGAGGGGGAUCUGUCGUCUAUGGUGGAGCAUUGCCAUAAUAGAGGAUUAAAGGAGGUUCACAUGCAAACUUUCAAGGAAAAAGAGGAUUCUUCAAAAGUCCACAGCGCCGUUCAAGUUCGACAAGACAUCGCUACCAGCAGUAUGAACUCAAAAAGCAUAGAGGGUGGUCCGCCAUUGUCGACGCCCACAUGUGUUUCAGAUAGGAUCCCCAAUGAUAAUCCUUCUGGAGAUAAUAUUCCGAUGAUUGAUGACAUGAUUAGCAGAUCAGAGAGGAUUCCUGCUUGGUGGCACACUACUUUAACCGGUGAGGGACAACGGUUUGAGAGUGCGAAGGAAUUAAGAUUGGCUUUACUAUACUAUUCCAUGGCCAAAAAAUUCGAGUACUUGUUUGCUAAGAAUGAACCGAAGCGUAUUCGAGUCUUUUGUCGGUUCAAGGAAGCCCAAAAUUGCCCGUGGAUGCUAUUUGCCUCUCCAACACAAAAUGAGAACAGACUUGAAAUCAAAACCUUCGUGGACAACCACACAUGUGGGAAUUUUGGUAAUAAUGUAGGUCAAUCUAGGGUGUCACGACAAUUCAUUGCGACCCAAGUAUUACCCACGUUAAAGGUCCGACCAGAUUUACGACCUAUCGACGUACAAAAGGAGUUACUAACUUCGUAUGAGCUUAGGGUCGAUUAUAGCAAGAUAUGGUGGGGUAAAGAAAGAGCACAAGAGCAACUAUAUGGUGAUGCCCAUGAGUCCUACGAUCAAUUACGAUGGUAUGUAGAAGAGGUUAAGAAGACAAACCCAGGUAGCUACAUUCAUGUUGAACAAAAUGAGGAGAGGUUUUCAAAGCUAUUCAUCUGUUAUGCCGCCUACAUAAAUGGGUUUUUGAACAGUUGUAGACCACUUAUAUUUUUUGAUGGUACCUUUCUGAAAGAUCGUUUCAAAGGUAUACUCCUCAGCGCCGUUGCAUACGAUGGAAAUCAGGGGAUAUUUCCAUUAGCCUAUUGCAUCUGCGAUCAGGAAAAUACUGUAAACUGGAAUUGGUUCUUACAAGGUUUAUGGUCUAUUCUCUAUGAAAGGCCAGAUCCAUACAACCCUCCACACAAGCUAGUUAUAAUAUCUGAUGCGGAUAAGGGGAUCAGAGAAGCAGUCAGAGAAUAUUUUCCGGAUGCUAUACACUCUAGAUGUGUUCUGCAUCUAGUUGAGAAUUUCAGGACAAAGUUGCGGGAUUUGGGUUUCAAGGCAAAGGAUACUCGGAUUUUGGGCAACCUUUUGCAAUCUGCUUGUUACAAAUAUACUAAAGCAGAAUGGAAUGACUAUGUGGAGGACAUUAGACUGGCGGACGAACGAGCCUACAAUAUUGUCAUGAACUACGCUCCAGAGAACUGGACUAACGCAUUUCCCCCAGGAAUUGGAUAUGGUCACGUUACAUCAAAUGUUGCAGAGUCAUUCAACAAAUGGAUACAUGAGGCUAGGCUUCUACGGAUACUACAACUCGUAGAACACAUACGUAAACAAAUUAUGGUUCACAUGAAUAAGCGACGAUUAAUGGCUGAAAGUUGGAAUGGAUUUCCUUGUCCCAAAGCUGAACUUGUCCUCAAAGAGAACAUGGAAAAUGGGCGUCCAUUGGAUGUGCGUCAGUCUCAUACAAGAUUAUUUGAGAGGGAUGUUUACCAAUUCUGUGACUGGUUUAUGACGGUUGAAGCUUUUAAAAAGAGCUACGAGCCAAUCCUCUACCCCAUCCCCGAUUACGAGAAGCGUAGCGUACCACGGGAGGAGAUACAGAUCCUAUCACCAUUAAUAACAAAAAGGAAAGGGAGAAAUAAGACCAGGCGUAUCAACAACAGAACAGUUUACACCUGGCUACUUAAAUGCUCUCGAUAUCAUGUGGAAGGUCACAACCGUAAAACAUGUAAUGAAUCUAUUGCUGACUAA